CACACAUCAAUCGAUCACAAGUUCAUCACACACACAGCCAGAGCUCCAUCCAUCACCUCGAGUCGUCAAGGGCCAUGGCACAAGGGCAAGCAGCACGGGCCACGAGGGAGGCCGUGCCCACGGUGUCCCGUGUGGCCAUCAUCGGCAGCGGGAUGAGCGGGCUCGCGGCCGCCAAACAGUUGGCGGCCUACGACCCCGUGGUGUUCGAGGCGACGCCGUCCGUGGGCGGGGUGUGGAAGCACUGCGUGUACCGCACCACGCGGCUCCAGACGCCACGCGCGAACUACGAGUUUUCCGACUACUCAUGGCGCAACCGAGACGACCCCGCGUUCCCGACCCACACCGAGGUCGUCGACUACCUCGAGGGCUACGCCGACGAGUUCGAUCUCUGGCGCUACAUCUCGUUCGGGUCCAAGGUGGUGGACAUCAAGUUCCUCGGCGGCGUCGAGGCCGGGUUCACCGAGCAGUGGAGCGGCACCAGCAAGGCUCCGCUCCGGGGCAAGCCCACGUGGGAGGUCGGCGUCGCCACCGGCGGCUCCGACACUGUUCAGUAUUACAAGUUCGAGUUCGUGGUGAUGUGCACGGGGAAGUACGGCGACGUGCCGCGGAUGCCGGUGUUCCCGCCGGGAAAGGGGCCGGAGGUGUUCAAGGGGACGGUGAUGCACUCGCUGGACUACUGCAAGCUGAGCAAGGAGGAGACCGUUGAACUGAUGCGAGGCAAGAAGGUUGUGGUGGUUGGGUACAAGAAGAGCGCUAUCGAUCUAGCCAACGAAUGUGUUCAGGCAAACCAAGGUGCGUAAAAGCACACUCCCAUAGU